CGAUGACAGUUUCUUCGGUUUUCUUCGUCAGUCCGUCCCGUGUUUUCGCCGCCCGUCGCGCGUUCGUUCAGUGAUCCGUCACGCGGAAUCUGCGCGUGUGAGGAAUUCGAUGCCCAACCGCCCUUAGACCCUCUCUGCAGACUCAACUGGCAAGAUGGCUUUGAACGCUGCAACCGAUGAAAGGAUAAAAAAGAAAAUAGCGACUGAAAUCAAUGAGACGGACGAUGAGAAAAUUGAUGUCAACAUAGAAAUUGUCAAAGAAUGGAUCACACGACAACCACACCUUCCCCAAGACUUAGAUAGAAGAAUUCUACCUUUCUUCAUCCGUGGCUGCAAACAUGAUAUCGAGAGGACGAAAAGGAAAGUUGACACAUACUUCACCUAUCGCAGAACGAUUCCCGAAUUCUUUCAAAAUCGUGACCCAGAGAGCAAGGAGAUAUUGAGGGCAUCAAAACAAUUCAAAGCGUUUGUCUUGCCCGACUUAACUCCAGAUGGCGCUCGUGUCACAUUUCACUCAUUUACAAAUGAACCGGUGGAGGAAUUCGACCCUGCUGCCCUCUACAAGAUGCUUUGCAUGAUAGGUGACGUCCGCAUGGUCGAGGAACCUAUGAUCUCCGGAGACAUCUUCGUAUUCGACGUCGGCCACAUGACGCUCACGCAUGUUGCCAAGCUCGCCACACCCUUGCUCAAAAAGAUACUCCUCACUACACAGAAUGCGUUCCCACAACGGUUGCGGGAGAUCCACUUGAUUAACGCACCUAGCCAUGUAGACAAAGUUGUCACCAUGUUCAAAUUCUUCAUGAAGCCAAAAAUGAAAAAUAGGUGGCACAUUCACACUGGAAUCAAAUCGUUAGCCGACUUCAUACCUAGAGAAAUGUUACCCUCCGAUUACGGUGGUGAAAGCAAAUCAUCAGAUGCAUUCCAGAAGGAGUGGCUGAAGAAACUCAAUGCUUAUAAGACCUACUUUGAAGGACAAGAGAAUGUCAUGGUUGACGAAAAUAAACGGCAAGACAAAGGCAGCGAAACUGCAAGAUUCAACGAAAACAACAUUUUUGGUCAGGAAGGCGCGUUCCGGAGGCUGAACAUUGACUGAUCUCUAUAUCUACCUUAUUACACUCUGCUCAAACUAAUCACUUAAGUUUCAGUCAUGCUCCGAACAUCGAAAUUGUCAUUUUACGAGUAAUUAUUUUCAUUUCUUCUUGUUCUCGUCAAUGCAAGAAAUUGUUCCGAAAGGAAAUAGUCAGUGCGAGACAAAAAUUAAGCACUGAAAUAAUUGAAUGUCAAGUGUGAAAUGUUUAUGGAUGCUAAAAGUCUUGCCAAAUUUUUUGCUAACCAGCAAACGAUUAAUGGGUAUAUUCUCUCAAUUCGAUAAUGAUCAGUUUCAUUUGUGCAAUGUAUUUUAGCUAUCGUUCUUUUUGUCUGCUCAAGUAGUCAGAAUUAAUUAGUUAAACAAAUUAAAAAGGCAUCUGAAUGCCAAAGGGAACUUUGUGAAAAUGAAUUAAAUAAUUAGGAACUGUGUUUAGGUUAGUAGACUUUGCGUGCUACAUAUAAUUCCUUGAUUAAUUUUCAAAUAGUUCCUUUCAGCAUAAAAACGUCUGAAUGGACUCCUACUCGCCUUAAAUCGAGGCUACAUUUAAAGAGGCAGAGAAAACAGAAACAAAUCGACAAAUGCAUUAACGGUUUUUCUUGUAAAAACUUCAUUUAAAAAUUAAGGCAAUGUCAUUGAUGUUGCCUGUUAGAUUCUAGUUUAGUUUUAAGUUUUGACUUUGUAAGUUUUUGUAUAGACUUUUUUAUUAUAUUUAAUUUUAUUACUGCGAUUAAAAUAUUAAAGCUCAA